AUGUGGCAGCAGGUCUGGAAAAUUCAAGGGUCACCGAAGCUCUGCCAUUUCAUUUGGAGGGCAUGUAAGGGGAGCCUUGCUGUGAGGGAGAGAUUGCACGUCCGUCACGUAGUACCUGAUGCAGUUUGCGUUGUGUGUGGUGAGGCAAAUGAGACCAUUUUGCAUGCUUUGUUCGAAUGUGAAGAUCCUCGGGACAUUUGGGCUCACAGUGAUUUUAGAGACUUGUUGCUUGCUGCCCCGUCUACCACCUUUGCUGAACGGUUCGAACGGAUGGCUGGCAAAGUAAGUAAUAUGGAGCUGCAAACCUUUUGUACCCUUGUUUGGGCCGCGUGGUUCUGCAGGAACGAAAGAAUACAUAAUGGAGUGCCCUUGGCACCAAGCCAAGUUGCUGUGAACUUCCUGAAAUUAGUGCACGACCACCAGGAGUACGCUACAUCGGUUUUCGAACCGAUUACAGGUCUGGAUGCAGGGGUAGGAACAGGUGGCUGGACAUGUCCACAAGGGGACCGGGUGAAGGCAAACACGGAUGCACAUGUUGGGGUGGUCGAUGUUGGGCUGGGUACGGUGGUGCGCGACAAUGAGGGGUGA